AUGAGUAAAAUUACACUUGAUAAUCCUUCACUAUCACAAUCAAUAAAAAAACGUCUUCAUUCCGAAGAAUGCAAUAUAAUAUCAAAGAAAAAAAUGAAACAUUCUAUUGAUGUUACAUCACAUUGGAAAAAUAUUUAUACAAUACAUGUAAAUGAUACAAUAAAAAUAUUUGAAUGUAAAUCAAAAAAUGAUUAUUUAAUUAUAAACGAUCCACUUGGUGAUCGAUCACGUUUUGUUUUAUCAAAAUCUAGUUAUUAUUGGCUUAAUGAAUCAAUACGUCUUAUGCAACAACAUGUUGAAUAUGGAACAACAGUUCAUGCAGCUACAAUUGGAGAAAUAAUUGAGAUUGAACGAAAUCUUAAAGCAUUAAAAUUAAAUGUGGAAAAAAAUGGUAUUAAAAAAACAUUUUUCUAUCGUGCUGAAGCUCUUCUCAACUUUAUUCGUUUAUGUUGUACAUUUUUUGAAAAUCCAUUAGAAAAAUGUCGUCCACGUUUACAUGCAUUAUUUACUGUAUGUACAAAUUGUUGGUUACAUAUGUUGGAUAUAAUGUUACCAACGUCAAUUGUACGUGUAGAAAAAAGUUUUAUACUCGAUGAUGAUCAUAGUGAUUUUGAAAAUGAUUCUUUACUUAGACAUUAUCUUAAAGAUGAUCAACAGAAAAUUAAAAAAAUAAAUAAUGAAUUACCAAAUUUACGUCAUAUACUUUAUUCAAUUAUUUUACUUGUUGAAAAAUUAGAUGAAAUACAAUUAAUUGAUCAAAUUUAUCUUGAACGAUUUCAAAUGAUUUAUGAAAUUUGGAUCCUAAUUGAUAAUGAAAUAAAUUCACGUGAAAAAGAUCUUAUCAUCAUAAAUUCUAAGAAAACAUCUAAGAAGAAAAUAAAUGAAAAUCAAAUACAAAAAAUUUCUUGGAAUUUUCUUGGUGAAUGUAAUAAAUAUGAAAAAAUCUUUGGAACAUUUACUAGUAAUAUUAAAUAA